UAUAUUUACUGUAAUAUGUUUGUAGGGGUAAUUUUUUAGUGUUUUUAUAUACUUUUUCCCAAUCGAGUUCUUGUACGGUGUGGAAAAUGUCCCAGGUCCAGAAACGGAAAGCCGAUCUGGGGAAAUUGAUCUGGGAUAAAUGGUGCAUUUUUACCUGUUUGGCCCUGAUGAUAACGAUGGCGAAUGCAGCUUCUGAGCGACAGUACUUCUUUUUGCCCAUGAGUUACACCUGGAUGGAAGCCAGUACAUACUGUCAGACCUGCUACAAAAAUCUGGCGACAGUGACCCCAGAAAACACCCAACUCCUUUCCCAACGGAUCAUGGACAAAACCUCUGAACACUGGGUCGGUCUACGCAAGCAGUCCUACACCGUCAUCAGCAACAAUCAGUCCACCUUUAAUUUCUCUGAUCAUGAUGGCCUUGCCAUUAACUCCACUGAUAACUCAACAAAUAACUCCACCAGCAGCCCAGCUUUGGUCUGGACCAAAUGGGUCAACGGAGAUCCGCUCAGCUUCCAGAACUGGUACCCAGGUUGGCCAGCGCUCAAAUUCCCACUUCCGAAGAUCGACUGCUGCAGCUGUUCCUGCACAUGCCCAGUAAAACAGAGACCCACCCAGACACCGUCUACAACCACAACAUCACCCCCCUUCAGCACAGUGCAGAACUCUCCAAGCCCCGCCAGAGCGGACAGCUCGACAAAAUCCGAUGGUCUCACGGACACCACCGGCCAAAAUGUGACAAACUCUCUCAGUGAGACCACCACCACUGCAAGUGACAUGAGCAGAAACACAGAUGUCACAGACACGAGCAACGUUACAAACAUCACAGACGCAAGCAGCUCCACCAACUCCGUAAGCCAAAGUGUGACCAAGUCUACGAGUUCCUGGCAGUCCUCCUACACCUCUAAAAUUACAACACCUUACACUAGCACUCACUGGAGAUUCCAGACCCAGCUGCCGUUAGAGUCCACGUGCCAACGUUCACCCACGCCGCCUCCCCCUCUCAUUCCACCGUACGACAAAUACAUAGAAAACUCCUGCGUGGCCAUGCUCACCGUUGGAUCUUGGAUAGAAAAGCACUGUGAAACCAAGCUGCCUUUCAUUUGCUAUGAAGGUAAAUGUGAAUCAAAUUAAAUACACCGAUUAAUUCCAGAUUUAUUCAUCAGAAAAAAAGAAAACGUCAAAGGAUGAGCAGUUACAGUGCAGAAUGUGCAGCAGAAGAACAGUCAGCCCAAGGCUGACCAAUACAUGGAAGUUUUCAAUUUUGAUUUAAAGGUUACUAGACCUGGGGCACAUCUGAGGUCAUGAGGUCACUGGUUUAGUCAGUGUGCAGCAUGGUAGCUAAAAGCAAUGAGUGGUUUUUAAACUAGUAGAAGAAACUUGAAAUAAAUUCUUUAGUUGAGUCGUGCUUUUUGAUGCAGAUGAUAAAACGCUGAUCUAGUUAUAGUCUUAAUGUGACCAGCGAAGCUCAGCUCUGAGUCAGUUACGAUACCAAGAUUUCUAACCUGGUUUUUGUCUUUAUUUCUCUGGAGCCAAGCUGAGCAAUAACCGCCAUCCUAUCCUUCUCAUUUCCAAAGACAAUGACUUCAGUCUUGUCUUUGUUUAACUGGAGGAUGCUCCAGACACUGAAGGAGUUAGUCUAGAGGACCACAGUUACUAGGUGACAGAGGUAGGUAGAUCUGGGUGUCAUCUGCAUAACUAUGAUAGGUAAAGUUAUUGAUAAUGAGACGUGAAUCAAAUAAAAAAACAUCAAAAUGUAAACCAUUAUUAAGACCUUAAAAUAGGUGGAAGCCUUGCUAAAGAGAGGACUUUUACCCUACAGAUGGCAAGAUUGUGCUGAAUUUUUUUUUGUUCAGUUCAUUUCUGUAGGAGCCAUAAAAUCUAAAGUGAAAGUCUCAUUAGUCAUCAGCACAGACUGGUGAAAUGACAUCUCGGCAUUUGACUCGAGUAGCUGCAGCAGUGGCAGCGCUCGGGGACUAUUUGACGGUUUAAGCAAUAAAUAUGUUUAAAACACAGUAAAAAGCAUUAAGACUCUAUUUUAUCUACCUCAUGCUUCAUUUAUGUAGAACUGUUACAUGGUCACAUCUGGACGUAUAUAUGUUCAGAUGUGACAGGCUUGAUAAGCUAAUGGCUCGUCUGCGCAGGGCCAAAGUGAAUUAUUGCCAUCCUAAAAUCGCUCCAGAGGAAAAAAUGUCACAGUAUUUUCUGCAAACGCAAUUUUACAAUUAUUAACUGAAUUUACUAGUUGUUUGCAGUAGAAAAUAGUGCAAAUGGUGUUUUCAGUUCUUUGUGGUUAGAAGUACAUAAUAUUCCUGCUGGAGUACGUGUAAAAUGUAAAACUGGUAGUUCCUAAAUGUUUAGAACGUGUUUGCAUUAACUGACAGCACUAGUUUUAAAAAGACAAUACUAUCUAGAAGACUUGUUCAUAACCUUUCCACAGAAACCCACUUCGCAAGAUCUGACUGAUAACAAAUAAAUGUAAACACCAAUGCACCGAUUUCCCCCCUUUUAUAUAUUUUUUACAUUUCUAAAUUUACAAACUUCAUAUUUUUUUCCUUCAGAUAUCUUCGUGGGUGAAGUCGACGUGACCAACAUUACAUUCCAGAAUGCCAGCCUGUCGUGGCAAAGAGCACCUGGUGGUUCUAUUGACUAUCGUGUAGAGGUCAGCGGUGACAUGAACUGGGUGAUCAAUACGACAAAUUUGACCCAAGACCUUCUUAACCUGACUGCAGGCACCCAAUACUCAAUCCAAGUAGUUUCCAUAAAGUGUGAGAGAGACCUGAACCCUCAGAAGGCCUCUUUCUACACUGUACCUCUUAAAGUUGAGAAUCUUGCAGUGACCAGUGUGGCAGAAACAUCUGUUAAUCUAACCUGGAGUCACCCAGUUGGAAACUGGAGUUUCUACUCUAUAAGAAGUGGGAACCGUGCGAGUAAAAGUGCAGCAGAAAGCUUUAACUUUGGUGGUUUGAUUCCUGGAACUCUUCACACAUUCACCGUCCUCACUGGAGUUGGGGACGAGUCCCAGUGGAGUGAAGAGUCACAUGUCACAGCGUACACCAAGCCUGGCAUCGCAUCAAACCUGAGCGUGUCUGGCAACACUGACAACAGUUUAGUGCUCCACUGGAAUGGACCUUAUGGAGGUUUUACAGGCUUCAUUGUGUUUGCUAAUGACAGCCUCAAUUCG